AAAUUGUUCAAAAAUUUUACACGAAAAAAAGUAUAUUUUUUUUUAAAUUUUACAACGCUAUUUAAAAACCAAAAAAUAAAGUUCUCAAAAAUACUUUCAUCAUAAUGUCGUAUCGCCGUAGUCAAACAAUCUGUCGCUUCCAUUUGCUUGGAAUUUGUCGUUUUGGUGAUUUAUGCCGAUUCUCGCACGACGAGACGACACCAAAUGACAACCAGAGUCCGCAGAUAUCGGAAAUCGCGGAUGAAGUCGUGGAGAAUGAGCAAGUGGUGGCCUCCACCAGUAGCUACAGUCGCCAGAUGACCUGGGCAAAUGCACCAGAGUUUGUUCCCAGGUACAAAGCCAAUUCUGCCGAUUUCCAAGCAACUGAAGGUGUCCAGGAUAUUUGUCCAUAUGGUGGCAGCUGUAUCUGGGGCAGUAAGUGCUCGUAUCCACUUCACAUGGAGAUUUGCAAGAUGUGCGACCUUUACUGCCUCCACCCGAUGGAUCAGAACCAACGCCGUGCGCACAAUCGUGAGUGUCUGGAGCAGCACGAGCAGGCGAUGGAGCUAUCUUUUGCAAUAGCCAGAUCCAAGGACAAGAUGUGCGGCAUUUGUUUCGAUACCGUCGUGGAGAAGAAGGGACGUGAACGUCGCUUUGGCAUCUUGUCCAAGUGCAAGCACAUAUUCUGUUUGACGUGCAUUCGCACAUGGCGUCAGGCCCAUCAAUUUGAGGCCACUGUGACGCGUGGUUGCCCCGAAUGUCGCGUCUUUUCGGAAUUCGUGUGCCCUAGUGCCUACUGGGUGGAUACAAAGGAGGAGAAGGACAAGUUGCUAAGCGAAUAUCGCGCGGCAAUGGGCGCCAAGGAUUGCAAGUACUUCAAUGGGGGCUUGGGCAAAUGUCCCUUUGGAAACAAGUGCUUCUACAGGCACCAUCGUCGUUGUGACGAUAACCAGACACAAUCAAAUGCCGUCAAUUCAGACUGAUGGCUAUGACAAUAUGACUAUUGAUUUUAAUGAAAUACCAUUCAUGGCAUUUGACCGAUCGACUGAAUUUCAAUUUGAUCGAUCAAUUUCUCAGUGACUCGAGCGAUACGUCCAUUUCAAAGAAAAUCAAAGAGAACAAAGCAACUUUUGUUAGACGGCUGAGGAGACACGGUUUAUAGACUUAGUCUUGGUCCUUGCCAGAGACUAUAAUGUACAACACUGAGCUUAAUAUAGCUUCGUUCAUCCAC